AUGGGAUCCACUCCCUCCUUCCCUCGGGUGUUCAUUCCCAAAGAUAACAUUUUCGUGGUUACAGGAGGAAAUGCAGGUAUCGGCUACCAUACUGCUAAAUGGCUAGCUAUGAUGGGAGGUACCGUUAUCAUAGCGUGCAGAUCUGAGGAGAGAGCUAACCGGGCGAUACAGCAGAUGAACGAGGAAUUCUCAGAAGAAAAACGGAAGAAGACUGACGGAAUAGUAGACUACGACCAGCUGAAUGUUGAAUUCAUGACUCUAGAUUGCAAUUCAUUCAAAUCAGUGAUGAGUUUUGUUGAAUCUUUCAAAUCAUCAGGAAGGAAGCUUCACAAGCUUAUUUGUAACGCUGGUUUAGGCCUACAAGAUAACUUAGCAUACACAGAGGAUGGUCACGAACUGGUCUUUCAGGUGAACUAUCUGAGCCAGUUCUUGCUUAUUUCUCAUCUUCUACCGGUGAUGAAAGCAUCCGGUCCUGAUUGCAGGAUAGUACUUGUAUCUAGCGAUAUCCAUAGGAAUUGUCAUGUUGAUCCUGAGGAUAUUGAAGGAAAGAAAGAGCGCAAAUAUGACACAUUUGAAUUAUACUGUAGAUCAAAAGCUUACCAGGUGAUGCAGAUGUAUCGACUGAAUGAGAUCCUCAAGGACACUAAUGUGACUGUCGCUUCACUGCAUCCAGGAAUCGUGAGAACAAAUAUCCUCGGUGGUUUCAGAAGGGGAAUGUUAAAAGUUGUAUUAUCAUGUAUACAAUGCUGUGGGGGAAUCAAGACGCCAUUCGAAGGAUCGUGGACUUCCAUAAAUGCGGCCAUUAAUCCAGAACUUGCAGGUACACGGGAUAUAUAUUACGACAACUCUAAACCAAAGUCUACUUCAUCAGCUUCAAGGAACCGAUCGUACCAAAGGGCUGUCUGGGAUUACUCCACAAAUAGUUUGAAAGAGUACCUCUCAGACGACAUCCUCCGGGAGCUAAAGUAG